AUGAAGCAAGAGAAGGAGACAGCCGCCGACACCCCGGCCGCCGCCGCCGUCUCCUCCGCCGACGACGCCCUCGCCCUCGUCGGCGAGCGCCCGCUCCUCACCUCCAUCGACCCCGCCCUCGCCGCGCGCGUCGUCCGCAAGAUCGACCUGUACCUCGUCCCCUUCAUGCUCCUCGGCUACGGCCUCGUCUACUACGACAAGGCCAUCCUCGGCUCCGCCGUCCUCUUCGGCAUGACCGCCGACCUGCACCUCACCACCGUCUCCCCCACCAACCCCGGCGCCGUGGACACCCGCCGCCUCAGCUGGGCCACCUCGCUCUUCUACUUUGGCAUGCUCGCCCUCGUCUACCCGCUCUCCUUUGCCCUGCAGCGCUUCCCCGCCGGCCGCGUCCUCGGCGCCGUCGUCCUGCUGUGGUCCCUCGUCUGCGCGCUCACCGCUGCCGUCACCUCGCAUCGCGGGCUGUACGCCCAGCGCUUCGCCCUCGGCGCCGUCGAGGGCGUCGUCCCCACGGCCUUCAUGACCCUCGUCGCGGGCUACUACACCCAGCAAGAGCAGGCCCUCCGCCAGGGCUGGUGGUUCUCCGCCACCGGCCUCUUCACCAUCAUCGGCGGCGCCCUCAACUACGCCUUUGCCCAGAUCGAGGGCGGCGGCCUCGCCCGCUGGCAGUACAUCUACCUGCUCGCCGGGGCGCUCACCUUCUUCUUCGGCCUCGCCUGCUUCGCCGUCCCCGCGUCCCCGGUCACCGCCUGGUUCCUGACGCCUGACGAGCGCGUCGUCGCCGUGGAGCGCCUGCGCGCGGGCCAGACUGGCCUGCGCUGCGCGCGCUUCAAGCCCGCGCAGGUCCGCGAGGCCCUCGCCGACAGCAAGGUCUGGCUCGUCUUCGUCAUGAUGGCCGCCUGCUACACCAUGAAUGGCGCCGUCAGCGGCUUCGGCCCCCUCAUCGUCUCCACCUUCGGCUGGGACUCGCUGCACGCCAUCCUGCUGCAGUUCCCGCUCGCCGCCAUCUGCUUCGUCGUCAUCCUCGCCGUCGGCCACCUCGGCGGCCGCUUCGCCAACAUCCGCGUGUUCCUGCUCAUCGGCACCUGCCUGCCCGUCAUCGUCGGCUGCGCGCUCAUCUGGAAGUCGGCGUGGACGCACCACGCCGCCGCGCCCGUCGUCGGGUACUCGCUCACCGGCUUCUUUGGCGGCACCGCCAGCCUCAUCAUCACGCUCGGCAUGGCAAACGUCGCCGGCCACACCAAGAAGAGCUUCAUGGCCGCCACCAUCUUCGUCGCCUACUGCGUUGGCAACAUCGUCGGGCCCCAGCUGGUGUGGUCCGAGACCAAGGCCCAGCACUACCCUGCCCUCUGGCUGGGGCUGAUUAUAUGCUAUGUAAUUGUCAUCGUAGCUGCGCUGGCGCUGUACUUUGUACUACGUCGUGAGAACAAGAUACGGAGCGCCCUGCCUGUCGAUGAGGCCGAGCGCGACAAGCUAGCUUUCCAGGAUCUCACUGAUAAAGAAAAUCCCUACUUUCGAUAUGUUUAUUAG